CCUUCCCUUCUCUCUGUCUCUAGGAAAACUUUUUAGUAGUUCUGGAAGCAGCACAAUGACGCUCUGUAUCCUAACUUCUGCUCUUCUCAGUCAAACUUUAAUGGCAGGUCUUUCUUAUACACUUAAUGUGACUGUUUUCCCAUCCCCAUGGGCUCUGCACCCCAGAGGAGAAAAUGCUUCAAUAUGGUGCUCAGUGUCUCAGAGGAGAAAACCGAACAGCCUAUUGACUGUGCGUUGGAUUUUUUCUUCAGGGCCGGGAGAAGAACAGACCAUUGGGAGGAUUACAAAAUAUGGCAACAUACACCUUUCUGGAAACUGGAGCCAAAAGGGGGAUUUAAGCAAUGAAAGCCCAGGCAAAGGUUAUCGACUUAUGUUGAUUGAUUUAAAUCCAUCUGAUCAGGGGAUCUACACUUGUCGUGUCCAAGAGGUGGCUCGGCACCAAAGCCGCUGGAGUGCAGUUUCAAAUGGCACUGCCGGCACCCGUUUAAAAGUUACUACUUUUACAGUGUCUGAGGAGAAAAAACUGUUCACCUGGACCUUAUUUCAAGACCUGUAUAUGUAUGCAGUGCUGAUCUGCUGUGUGGGCAUCUUUAGUCUUCUCACUUUCCUUCUAAUCCUUCUGUGUCAGACCAUCUUCCACAAGAGACGCUCUAAAGUGAGAUGGAAAUGCUCUCCUGAGAGGCUGUGUGAUAAAAGCCCCUGUGUCACUGACUUGCUCUCACAUGAGCCGACUAAAAAGAAGAAAAGGAAGAAAAACCAUGAAGAGGAAUCUCCACCUGCUCUCCCUGUUAAAGGACCUCUGGUCAGCUUGGCGAAGAACUCUCAACAGCUUUUCCUGUUGCCCAAGCUUGUGGAAGAAGGUUUAACAUAUGCAGAACUGGAGAUUAUAAAACCUAUACCACCUGUGAAGGACUCCACGUCAAGCACAGUAUAUGCACAGAUACUGUUUGAAGAAAAUUCUUUGCAGUUACAGAUUCCCCCUGCAAAGGAAUAAGCCCUGAGCUAUGAGCCCUAGUUUACAGAAUAUCAGCCACACAAGAAAUAAACCCUGAUGUCUGCAGACUGGAGAAUUAACAAAGCUUUUAUAUAACCCAACAGUCUUCGCUGAGCCAAACAUGUCUAUUGCUGUUUCUUUUGGCAGUAACACUGUUAAAAUAUUAAAUAUAUAACUGGAAACAAUACAAUGCAAUGCAAUUUAGUUGCAGUGGUAUUUAUUAAAUAAUAUACAUAUGUAUCCUCAUUGUUCAGCUCUCCUGCUUAGAAUCCCAAGGGAAACAUGAAUGGGCUUUUUGUUCCAGACUUACCCAUUCUGUUUCCUCCGGUAUAACUGCUCAGUUUGGUUAUCAGCAGAUAAGGGGUGGGAAAAAGUGGAUGGGGGUCUUGUUAUUUUUUUUCUCCUAUGUAAAAAUAUUGUAUUGCAUGAAGUCGUCAUUGGCCAUAGCCCACCCUUUUAUACUGUUGUAUCUAUACUUAUUGUAGUGUUUCCAUCUUUCUUAGUUUAACACAACUGGGUUUUGGUCAAUAUGAGCAAGGACAGGAAUUAUUAUCUGCAAUGAAGCAAAAAUAACUUAUAUUUCUUACUCUGCUCGUUCCUUCCUUUACAUUCAUGUUAUUUUUUUAAAGAAAUUAAAUGAAAUUUGACUUCU